AUGCAACUCCCGCUCCGCCGCGCGCUCUCCGCCGCUGCUUCCGCGUCCGCGCCUGUCCGGCGCGCCCUCUCUGCCGCGGCCGCCGCCGCCGCGCCCGUUCGGCGCGCCCUUUCCGCCGCCGCGGCCGACGCCGACGCCUCGCGCCAUCCUGGGUGGGUGAUGAUCCACAGCAUCCACCACGCGACGGAGGCCAGAACUCCGUCGCCGCGCGCGUCCCUUCUUCUCGCCGAGCCACCGUGUUCCUCCUACCUCCUCCUGCCUGACCACCUCGUCGACCGGCGGCCCGGCCCCAAACCCGGCACCGGCAUCGACGUCGUGGGGUUGCUGAGCGCCGUGAUCUACGCCACGAGCGGCGACGGCCUCCUCCUCUUCGCCUACGUGGACUCCCACGCCCCGCUCUCCGUCGUCUCCAAGGCCUUCGCCGCCGGCGCUACCCCUACUCGGGAAGGCGAGCUCGACCUCGACGGCCUCAACCCGCAGGAUCAGGACCUCACGCGCUUCGUCUGCAACCCCAUCACCGGCGAGCUGUUCCGCCUCCCGGACAUCGACGGCACCAAGAAGACCUUCUUCUGGCGCCACACCGGCCUCCUCACCCGCUCCGCCGCCGGCCAUGGGCCGCCCGACAGCUACGCCGUCGCCAUGCUCCGGGAGCACAGCAACAGCGGGACCUUCCACAUGUGGCGGUUCCUCUCGCGAACCGGGAAGUGGGACAAGAUUGACGGCUUGCCGUCCCCGCUCCCGCUUGUGCGGCGGCUGGACAUCGACACCGAGGCGGUGGCGUUCGCCGGACGGCUGUGGUGGGUCGAUCUGACAUGGGGCGUCAUCUCCGCCGACCCGUUCAGCGACCGGCCGGAGCUCCACUUCGUCGAGCUCCCGAGGGGCAGUGUGUGGCCAAUGCCCAGCGAAGAUCUACUAGUAGAAGUGCAGAGUAUUCAUCGGCGCGUGGGGGUCAGUGAGGGGAGGCUGCGCUAUGUCGAGGUGUCCGACAAGGAUCCUUUCGUGCUCAGCUCCUUCGCGCUUGACGACGAUGGCGGCAGCUGGACGCUGGAGCACCGUGUGGCGCUUGGUCGAAUCUGCGAGGUGAAGGGAGGAGGACCAGAGGACACCCCGCGAAUUGCCGUCAUUGACCCACUAAACUCGAGCGUCAUUUGUGUCAUCGUUGGCAAACAUGUUCUUUCUGUAGACAUGGAGAUGGGGAAGGUGCUUGGGUCUUCGCCGAUAGAAGAAGGUGAAGGCUCACCCUGGUUUAUCACCUCUAUCCUUAAAUCAUGUGUGCUCCCACCGUGGCUUGCAUCAAGCAAAAUCCCCGCUGCUGGAACAUCUGCGAGCAACAAGGGUGAUGCCAAAAGCAAGACCUUAUCAGACAUAUUGGUUCGUGUAGACAGGGACAAGAAGAAUUGAGGUUUCAUAGAAACCAACUGGCAUGCGUUCUAAUGAAUAGGAGGCUUCUCGUUUUGGAAAACUUGGAGAAGUUGAGUGUUUUGGCCCUCGCAGUUUACCGUACAGUCUUAUUUUUCGGACAAACUGGAACUGUUUUAUGUUUCUAUUUUUGUGGAGGCUUUGCUGGUAAGCACAUUGAGGACAUUGCAGUAAAAAGUGACCCAGUUCAGUCAAGCGUGUUACUAUCAUCAAGACUAUAUGUUGUGUUAGUUGCAGGACAAUCCGCUCAUCUUUUCACAUGAAAAAGAGGAGGCCUAGUUGUUGAAUAUACCGUGUGCGUCUUAUUCAGGCAUCUUCUCUCUCGUCAGAUACCUGUGAUCACAUUGUUUCAGCUAGCAAACAAUUCAGUAUUAGCUUGCUUCUUUUUUUGCAAGGUCAGUAUUAGCUUGCUGAUGGUAACAGAAUUUAGUGUCUCCUGGUUAUGAUGCAUCAGCAACCAGGUGCCAAUCUAUUGUUACUGGUAGGUAAUAUAUGCAAAAGAAAAGAAAAACCUCUAUUAUUUGUGGCAGAAGGUUAGGAAUUCCUUCGAAUAUAUCUCAGUGGUUUAAUUUAA